AUGGCAGCACCACGACGUUGUAAUGCAGACAUCCUGCAGGCGCUGUACAAACCCCUGCGGGAGCACCAGACCGACAAUGAGGUGCGCGAGAUUCGCCUCCUCUACAUCGAUGACCCUCUGUCGUCCGACGGCCCAGAGGACGAGAACGACAGCCAGCCCAUGGCGUGCCGGCUGCAGACGUGCACCGUCGCCGACGCGCAGCGCAGCCAGUUCUACGCGCUCUCCUACGCCUGGGGCGACCCGCAGGACACGCUGCCCAUGCUCGUCAAUGGGCUUGUCGUCCCGGCCACUCGCAACCUCGUCUUGGCCCUGCAGCACGUGCCCGUGGUCGAGCCGCGCUGCCGCCGCCAGGGCCUCUGGGUCGACGCCCUCUGCAUCAACCAGGCCGACAACCACGAAAAGAGCGCGCAGGUGCUCAUGAUGAAGGACAUUUUCAGCGGCGCGCACGAGACGCUGGUGUGGCUGGGGCCGGGCGAUGUGCAGAGCCGGGCGGCGCUGCAGCUGGUGCGCCGCAUCUGGGCGGACAAGGUCGCGAUGGGCGGCGGGGGCGAGGGCGGUGGCGCUGGCGGUGGCAACGACGACAUCGACAACGAGAGACUGCCCCAGCCGGAGGCGCUGGCGGUGCCCGACGUGCUGACGUUGGUGGACCGGCUCGGCGGCGCGUCGCUGUUUACGACCGACGUCUUUGCGCAGCGGCCCUACUGGUUUCGCGUCUGGACGCUGCAGGAACUGAUCCUCGGACGGCGCUGUCGACUCAUUGCCGGCCACGACGCGUGCGACCGCGACUGGGUGCUCCACGCGUCCGUGGCGGCGUUUGUCGACGGGCCUCGGCCGGUGGAGGCCAAGGACGACAAGGACAAGGAAACGGCCGCAGCACGCAUUUCCACAAGCAACAGUGGCAGUACCGUCAACACCAUCAACGCCCCCCUGCGGGCCAUGGCAUGUCUGCGCGCUUGCAUGCAGCGCGCAUCGUAUGACCCGCGCGACGCCAUCUUUGGCCUCUGCGGCAUCGCGUACUUUGGCGUCGCCGUCGACUACGACCUGUCGGCGCACCAGCUGUUUUGCCGCGUCGCCGCGUGGCUGGCCCGGCCGCUCGGCGCCACUGACGGCGGCAGUCGGCUGCACCUGCUGCUGGGCUCCGCCGGCCUCGCCAGUCGACGCUCCACCUGCGGGCUGCCGAGCUGGGUGCCCGACUGGAGCGUGUGGCCCGUCCAGCGCAUCAUAUACACGUCCAAGCGCAUGCCCGUCGUCCCCGCGGCGUAUGUACCAAGCGUGGCGGGUGACGGCACCUUUGCCCUGCGUCUCCACGGCGUGCGUCUUGGCCGUCUUGCGUCGGCAAUGCCACUCGGCGUCUUCCCCGGUGUCGUCACCUCGCAGGCAAUCGAGAGCGGGACCACAGCCAACGUAUCGAGCAGGCUGGCUCAUCUGGCCUGCGCUGCCGAGUUCCUCUCCGGAAUGAGCGCCGACGCGAUCGUCGACAAGCUCGUGGCACCGACAUCGACGCCGACCGCAGCAAGUACGCCGCUGGCCGGCGAGUCGUUUGUCGUAUCCCUCGUGGAGCUUCUGGCAAAUCCCUACCGCCGACCUCGGUAUCCGUACGCCGCAGUCGAUGUCGUGUCCUUGCUCCACUGUCUUGUCGAGUCCGGGCGCGUAUCACUGCCUGCGUCGAGUGCUGCGGAGGAUACACAGAACCGCCCCGAUGACAGAACCCUGUCCGCCGUUCUCGACGGCAACCGCACCGAUGCCCUGGACCGAGACACCUUGCUCCGUGAGGCUGCCUACCAGUUCCAGCAGCCCACGUUUGAGAGCCGGUUCUUUGGCGUCGAAGACAUUGACCGUCACGCGUAUGUAUACUUCCGCACCGACAACGGCCUUCCAGGCUACGCAGCCGUCGGGGUGCAGCCGGGCGACGUUGUCUACUUGGUCGCUGGAUGCCAGGACGUGGUGGUUGUGAGGCCGGUCGGCAACCGAGUCCGCUUUCUCUCGCUGGCCAACAUAGUGGGUUUUGCUGGCCAUUACGACGUCAACUGGGACACUCUGGCCCGCAAGAUAGAGGCUGUUGAUAUUUCAUAA